UGUCACUAUUUUCCCCACGUGUUAUCAUAAACAUAACCUCAAAUAUCAAAUAAUUUGCUAUUUUUAAUAUUAUACUAAAUCUAGCUUUUAAAUAAAUAAGAUUAUGUUACGUUAACUAAAACCACUAUUUUCUUUAAUAACUCGACACAAAUGAAACAGUAAAUUAAGUGAGAUUUAAAAAAAUCAACAUUAAAUUCUAACCUAAAAAUUAAAAUGGAUUUAUUUGUAAUAAAUAGACAUGAAGAUAAUAAAGAGGACACUAUUAACGAAGAAGCUAACCUGAAAAAGUUGUUAAAAAAGAUCAAAAAGAAAAAGGAGUUAAAAAAUAUACAAAAAGAUUUAAUUAAAGAUGAAGAAGAAAUUGUUGAAAAACCUAACAAUGAAAUAACUCCUAAUGAAGAAGAUUCAAACAAUCAACAAGAAAAUGAUUUAGAAAUUGAAUCAGAGAAUAUAGAACCUCCGAUAAAGCAAAAAAAAAUUGAUCCAAAAGAUGUUGAAGGUUUUACAAUUCUCGGUGGUGAACAAUUUGAUAAAAAAACUAAAGUGAAAAGAGUUCUUCCAAAAUGGUUAUCAAACCCAAUAGUAAUUUCUGUUGAUUUACAAAACUUAACCAAUAAAGUUUCGCAUAUUGAGAAUUUAGAUAAAUCAUUAAAAAAACAAUUAAAACUAAACGGAAUUAAAUACUUAUUUCCUGUUCAAGCUGCUGUUAUACCGUGGGUUAUUAAAUCGAUUCAACAAUCAUCAAUAGUUAUUCCUAAAGAUAUUUGCGUAUCUGCACCUACGGGAAGUGGAAAAACUUUAGCUUUCGUCUUACCUGUUAUUCAAGCUUUAUUGAAACGUACAGUUAAAAAAAUUCGCGCAUUAGUUAUUUUACCUACGUUAGAUUUGGCCAUGCAGGUAUUUAAAUGUUUUAAAAAGUACACUGUUGGAACAAAAUUGGAUGUGUUGUGUAUUACAGGAAAAUCUGUUUUUGAACAAGAACAAAAACAAUUAGUACAUAAUAAUGUUGGAUUUGGUUAUAUGAGUAAAGUUGAUAUACUUGUCUGCACUGCUGGUAGAUUGGUUGAUCAUUUAAAAGAAACACCAGGAUUUAAUUUGACUGAAUUGGAGUAUCUUGUUAUUGAUGAAGCUGAUAGAGUUUUGGAUAAUAUUCAAAAUGAUUGGUUGUAUCAUUUAGAGAAACAUAUUAAUCAAGAAGAUAACUCUCUACAAUCAUCUAAAGUAUUAAAUGUAUUAUCAUUUAAAACUCGCAAAUCUCCUCAAAAACUGCUCUUUUCCGCCACAUUAUCCCAAGAUCCAGAAAAACUACAAAAAUUAUCACUAUUCGAACCAAUUCUUUUUACAUCAAUAGUUGAAAAUGAUGCAAACGAAGAAGAAACUAAAAAAGUGACUGUUGAUAAUUUUAUAGGAAAAUACACAACACCAAAAGAAUUAACAGAAAAAUACAUUAUUUCCCCAACCAAUUUAAAACCUCUGGUUUUAUACGAAUUUAUAAAAUCGAAUAAUUUAACAAAAACCAUCGUUUUCACUCAUUCUUUAGAAGCAACGCAUCGUUUAUCCAUACUUUUAAAAGUAUUAUUUAAUGAAACUCUUAAAAUUAAAGAAAUUUCUUCCAACUUGGAUAUCAAAAACAGAAAAUUUUUAAUUGAGGACUUUUCAAAAGGAAAUAUAGAUAUUUUGGUUUGUACUGAUGCAUUAGCUAGAGGGAUUGAUUUACCCGGAAUUCAAUGUGUUAUAUCGUAUUCACCACCAAAAUAUUUAAAAACAUACAUUCACAGAGCAGGAAGAACAGCAAGAGCUGGCGAAUUUGGUAUGGCUGUUACAAUACUACCAAAACCACAAUUAAAUCGGUUUUUAAGUUUACUUCAACAAGCCGAUAAAAAUAAUUUGGAAGAGAUUUUUAUUACUGAAGAUAAUUUGGAAGCUUUGGGAGAUAAAUACAAAGAAGCUUUGAACGAACUUAAAAAAGCUGUAGGUGAAGAAGAAGAGAAAAGUUUGAAUAAAAUGAAAUCUGCUAGACGAGUUGUGAAACGUAAAAGGAAAAUAAACGAUGAAUAAUUAAUAAAUAUA